UUUAUCCCAGAUACUAUUAUUCUUUCAAGAAAAAGCAACACGGAGAAAAGGAAAACGAGAAUGACGACCUACAGGCUACAGUAUGAUACAAAUUCCUCUUCCCAUUUCCAUGAAAUUUCAUGAACAAAAAUAAACUUAGGGAUUAAGAAUCUAAAUUAAUUUAUCCUCUUCUAUACAUAUAAUCUUUGUAUAAUCCACUAAAAUUAAACAAAAGAAGACAAUAUGUGGGUGGAGCUGAUUUGCGGUUUGGUCCUGUUCUGUUUGCUUGAGCUUUUCUUGUACCCCAUCCAUCUCGAUACCUCCCGUUUUAAUGUCCUCAUCGCUGUCGCCAAGAGACUGGAACAGCUUUACUACGGGAGUAAAGUCUACGUUGGGCUUCAAAUUCCUGACGCUGAUUCCGGCUUUCGACAGAAUAUUGAUAUCGUUCUUGUUACUAAGUGGGAGGCACUGGUGAUUUCUGUAAUGAAUGUACGGGGAUUUGUAUCCAUUAACAAGAAUGGAAAGUGGGUUUGCGUUGAAGGACUUGGCAAGAAAGCUAAGUGUCUUCCAGAUCCUACGGUUAAACCAAAACUGCUAGUUCCCAUUCUUGAAGCAUAUCUUCAACGGAGGGGAGUUGUUCUCCCAGAAGGAUAUCUUUCUGGCAAAGUUAUAUGUCCCAAUCCAAAUUUUAGGGCCAUUAACUCAAACGUUUUUCCACCUGAGGUCAUUACAUAUGACCAGUGGAAACAGUUAAAACCCAAGCAAAAAUAUACGCUUUCUGGAUGGAUCAAAGGUGCAUUUUGCAGUGCAAAGAAAGACAUGCAGGAAUCAUUAAAUGAGAAGCUUUGUUCAACCCUGAGCACAGCUCCAAUGUUGGAUAGGUUAGAGCUUAAAGAAAACAAGUAUAUCCUGGGAGAAUUCAUCGAAUUCAAAGGCAAACAAGAUGAUCUUCUGACGUUAAUAAGUAUCAGGAGAUCAAAAGUUAGAAGCCUGAUUGUGCAGAAGAUAAGCAAGUUUGAUUUUGCUUGUUCCACACUCCUAGUUUUGUACUCUCUGCGUGAUUAUCGCUGUGAAGGGGCUGCUUCUUCAGAGUGGAAAAAAGCAACGGUGAGUUCGAGCACUGAGGUGGUAUUUAAGCCUCAGAAUUCUACCAAAGUGCACAAAUUUAAGCUGUCUUCAGUUAUUUCCAUGUCAUUGAGCGCCUGAAAGUGAAUAAUGGACAUAUGCACGAUGUGUGAAGUAAAUCUUUAUUGAAGUUUAUUCACCCCCUCUUGAGCAUGUUAAUUGUUAAAAGAUUUGCGAAUUGCUGGAGUUUGUGCAGCUGAGCUAUACUCAAUAUUUUUGUUUUCACCAUGAUUCUGUAAUGUCGACCUUGCUUCUCCGUACAGUAUCUAAAUGGCGACAAUCCCAGGGAUUUGGAUUGGGGAAAGAAUAAAAGAUAACAUUUUUCAAAAUA